UCUCUCAGAAUGUCCAGUUCUCUCCGUCAGGGGGCAGCUGUGCUGAAAGGGCCGGGUCAGGUGGCUUGGCCGAGGUCCCGGCUCAGCCUCCCCUGCUGCUAAAUGCAGGCCCCAGCCCCCACUGCGGGGGCCAGCAGACCCCCGCAGAAAGGAAACAGACCCAGGCGGGCCUCCUGCCGCACCUGCGGUGGCGCCACCUGUCCCACACUCGCCACGCCCAACCCGCCCAGCUCCGUCAAUUUGCAAAAGAGAAAAUAAAGCACACACACACACACACACACAAAUAAUAACCAACCCCACGCGUUUCCUAGCAUCGGGUGACUGUUUGGUCAAGAGCUUCCUCCCUCUUCAUGGGCCAGCUGGACACUCUGGACAUCCUCUAGCCACUGCGGCCUCAGGUGGCUAGGUGCAAGUUCAGCCACCCAGGCUGACCCCCCCCCCACCCCCCACCAGGGAAAGCACUGAAGGAUCCUAGGAGGCCAGCGUGGAGAUCUGCCAGCUGGGGCUCCGGGGGGCCGCCCUCUGCCAGCUCAAAGUCACCUUUGCUUCAACUCCUCCGCGGGCCAGCCAGAGCCGGCCCAGAACCUCCUCCUCUCAGCUCAGCAGGAACAAGGAACCGGCUCCCAUUGGGUAAUUAUUAAUCAGAUUCUUGAGAUUCCUCAGCCCCAGGUUGGCUUGGGAAACAUGCUCCCUGGAGGAGGAGGAGGAGCCGAGGCCCAGGACUGGCAUUUGGACAUGCAGCUGACCGGCAAGGUGGUGCUGUCCGCCGCCGCCCUGCUCCUGGUGACCGCAGCCUACAGGCUGUACAAGUCGAGGCCUGCCCGGGCCCCGCUGUGGGACAGGAACACCAAGGCCAAGGCUGAGGAGGAGGCAGAAGGCUCCAGACAGCCUGAAGUCCAGGGGGCUGCUCCUGGGGCGCCCCGCUGGGGGCUGAGACGCCGGAGGGAGAGCAAGGAACCGGGAGCACCACUGCCGGGCUGCGGCUGGGACAGUCGGAGGGGCUCCCAAGUCCUGGCAACAGCAGCCUCUUCCAGUGACUCGGAAGCCGAAGGGGCUUGGGAGCCAGAGAGGACAGGCACUGGUGAGGAUCUGAGCAGGCGGUGCCUGGAGUCUGGCCUGGCACCUCCCCGCUGCAGUGGCCAGGGAGCCGGAACAGCUGCUGGCAGUGAGUCCGAGCUGCCCCGCCGCCCCCAGCAGGGCAGUGAACCCAAAAGCUCCCCGCCUGGCCUGGCUGCGGUGGACGGCAGUGGUGUGGAGGGUGAGCCUGCCUCAUGGUGGGAAGGUGGCCACCCCAAGCAGCCGGGGGCUGGGGCACAGGGGUCCCCACACCAGCCCUGGGCGGCCCACUCGGAAGACGAGAGUGACGUGAAUAAGAGCUGGGUCGUCACUCGUGCGACAGGAGCGAGUGGGGAAGAGGCCGGGUCCCUGCAGGCUGCCUCGGACGUGGGCCUGGCCCUGCAGCAGCAGGAGGGAGCCACCAACUCCUCCUACACCUUCUUGUCGGUGGCCCAGGUUCGAGUCGAGGAGAACUUCAUAAGGGAGAAGGCGGCAGGGACCGGGCCCAGGCUGCAGGGCAAGGUGUACGAGUACUACGUGCAAUCUACCUCUCAGGCCACCUCCAGAGGCGGGCUGGCCCCCGGGGCAGCAGCCCUGGCCGGGGCUCCACCCGCUGUGCCAGGCCCCCUGGGAACAGGGGCCGUCCCCAGAGGCCACCACGAUGACGGAGAAGGUGGAGCCCAUCCAGCCGCCUCCUCCCAGCCUGUGCUGUCGCCCCCUGUGCGAGGCUUCAGCAGGAAGGAGAGCCUCCUUCAGAUCGUGGAGAACCCGGAGCUUCAGCUGCAGCUCAACAGCUUCGGGAGCCCUGCUCCAUCCUCCCCCGACCGGAGCGCCCCGCCCAGCGGCCCGGCAGCAGCCGGGCGGUCUGUGGAGUCCAGCUCAGCCGGAAGCAGCGGCAGCGGCGGGGAGCCCAACCUACAGCUGGUGGCGGGGACCAGUUUCUUCCACUUCCCUCUCACCUCCCCAGGUCCAGCCCCAGAGGUCCACCUGGAUCUGGGAAAUUGCUACGAGGUGCUGACCUUGGCCAAGCGGCAGAAGCUGGAGGCCCUGAAGGAGGCUGCCUACAAAGUGAUGAGUGACAACUACCUCCAGGUCCUGCGCAGCCCAGACAUCUAUGGGCGCCUGAGCGGGGCAGAGAGGGAGCUGGUCCUUCGGCGACGGCUGCGGGGCCGCAAGCGCCUGGUGGUGGCCGACGUGUGCCCCCAGGAAGACUCUGGCCGCCUCUGUUGCUAUGACGAUGAGCAGGAUGUCUGGCACCCGCUGACCCAUCUGCCCCCGGAGGCUGUGUCCCGGGGCUGUGCCAUCUGCAGUCUCUUCAACUACGUCUUCGUGGUGUCCGGUUGCCAGGGGGCCGGGGGCCGGCCCUCCAACCGAGUCUUCUGCUACAACCCUCUGACCGAGAUCUGGAGCGAGGUGUGCCCGCUGAACCAGGCCCGGCCACACUGCCAGCUGGUGGCCCUGGACGGGCACCUGUACGCCAUCGGGGGCGAGUGCCUGAACACAGUCGAGCGCUACGACCCGCGCCUGGACCGCUGGAACUUUGCCCCGCCACUCCCCAACGACACCUUCGCCCUGGCGCACACGGCCACGGCGUGUGCCGGGGACAUCUUCGUCACGGGCGGCACGCUGCGCUACCUGCUGCUCCGCUUCUCCACGCGGGAGCAGCGCUGGCAGGUGGGCCCCGCGGCGGGCGGCAAGGACCGCACGGCCGAGAUGGUGGCGGUCGGCGGCUUCCUCUACCGCUUCGACCUCAACCGCAGCCUGGGCAUCGGCGUGUACCGCUGCAGCGCCAGCGCCCGCCUCUGGUACGAGUGCGCCACGUACCGGACGCCCUACCCCGACGCCUUCCAGUGCGCCGUGGUGGACAACCUCAUCUACUGCGUGGGGCGCCGGCGCACGCUCCUCUUCCUGGCUGACCCCGUCUCCCCCAGAGUAAAUUAACCAAAGCCCACUUCAGUUCUCCUUAUUACCUGGAAUUCUAGCACGAGAAACCUCCAUUUGUAGCAGCCAUUUGACAUUUGACAAGGGACAUCUUCUCAUAGGGGCCUGUUAGGGAUAUCGUCAGUCCUGAGGGAGGCAGGAGAAGGUGGUCCAAGGGCCACUGUCCCCCUGGGGCCCACUGACCCUCUCUCCACGUCUCAGAGCUCUUCAUGGCACAGCUGCCCCAGGACCCCAGCCUCACACCCCAGGGGCGGGGAACAGCCUCCGCCGACCGGCCAACCCUUUCGGGCGGGUGAGAGCCAACGGCGUGGUCUGCCGUUCCUGCGCCAUGUUGCCCCCUGGUCAGCACCAGACAGGAGAGGACCAGGGACGGGCAGGCCCAGGGUGGAGCUGGGGGACUGGAGGUGAUGCAUCAGGAAGCUGGGGUCUCCUUUGCCAUCGGGUUUGGGAACUUCUCCAGGGGACGAGACCUCCAAACCCAGAAGUUCCCCGUUGCCCUGGAGGGAAGAGAGAGAGACUGGCCCCGUCUCUAACCACGGCCCUGCUCCAUCCCCAAGGGAGAGGCUCACACAGACAGAGGAGCUGUCCAGCUCUUGGCCACAGCCGGGAGCCAGGGGGCAGACACUCCUCCCAUGUGACAAGCAGCACGGAGGAAAGACGCAGAGAUGGGGCGCACCACACCAGGGCUGACGGGUCAGAGAUAAGGACGUUAAGGACGUCAGCGUCCCUCUCUUGGAAAUGGAAAGGACCACUCAUGCCCUUCUUCACGAGGACACAAACAAGAGCAUCGGGAGAAAGUUCUUCCCGAGUUCCUGGGGGUCCGGGCAGGAGCUGGUGCUCCCCGCAGCUGCUUGGGCUGAGCCAGGGUCGGUCUGAAAGAUGCAGGAUGGGAACGGAGACGGAGAAGGAGCUCGGCCAGGACACAGGGCUUUCCGUGGGCCACAUGGGGCCCGGGGCCCGGGGGGUGAAGCUGCUUAGUCUAUUCCUAAACUGGAGGUUGAGAGAGGAAAGUAGCUAAGACUGGUGCCUGGGAGGAGUGGUCCCUCACCAAGGCUAUGCUCAAGGUCAGAGCCAACACUCAGGCAUGAACCUCCCAGGAACCCAGGAGACUGGGGGCUGCUGCCAUGACAUCACUAGGAGGUGGCAUCGGCACGGUGGCGCCAGGCUGGGGUUUGCUUGGGAAGAGAACCCUGUGUGGGAGCUGGGGCAAGGGGAGCCAGAUCCAGCCCCAGGGUCAGGGGCAGGUGAGGAGUCCGGUGGAGGACAAGCCCACUGCGUACUUAUGGCAGGACAAGGGAAAUGGUUCCAGGGACCAGGAGGCAAAGCUCCAGACACAGUGAGGGCAGCUGUGGUCUCCAUGACCCCAGGGAGAGCUGGCUUUGGGUCCGGGCUGAGCUGGGAAGAAGGCGUGACAUGCUGUCUCUGCCUCCCUCUGGUCCCCCCGACAGACGGCACUAACCGAUUGUCACCCCUUUUCCUGUUGAGGCUUUCUCAGGGCCUCAGACGGGUCUCAGCACAGGGCCCGGCCAUCGUCACCCAUUAGAGCUGAUGCAUCUCUCAUCUCUGGUGCUGGGUGAGGGAUGAGCGUGGUCAGGGCCGCUGUGGCAGAGCAGGCAGUCCAGGGGCCACGACUGCCACCCGGAGCCCCGGAGGUCAGGGCUCGCUGACAGAAGGCUGCGGCCGGCCACCCUUCCUGGUGCUGGAGGCGCUGCAGCACCCUGCAGGGAGCCCUGCCCUGCAGGUGCGGGUUCUAAUGGAGGAAAACAGGCAGUUUUGAAGAAAUUGGUACAGUACAUAAGUAAAUAGGACCCGUGCUGCAUCAGGGCCGUAGCGACGGAGAAGGCAACCCAGGGGGAGAGGGCGAGCAGGCCUUCCGAUAAGAUGACACCGAGCAGGGACCUGAAUGGGAAUCUGGGGAAUUGCCUAGACCAGGGCCAGCUCAGGGCACGGGAAGCCAUGCCACCCGAAGGCCCUUGUCACAAGGGCAGCAGAGUGCAGGUCUGCCCCCAGGAGGCCCAGCUCAGGGUGUGAAGGGGGCAGGAGCCCAGCCGUUCUGCCUGUCACGUCCGGGAGAGAAUCCUGUCCCACUGACACCUGUAAAAGAGGGUCCUCACUUGGGGAUACACGACGUUCCCGGGAGAGAAGCAGCGUUUGCACAGGUAGGGGCGAAAGCCAGAACAACGACCAGGACAACCACACAGACGCCACACCUGGACGUGUGGGUGCGUGCCAGCCGGCCCACGUGACCCCAUGGGUUCCGGGGCUAGGACUUCCACUUGACCUUGUUUUUCAGCCUUGUCUGCCUACCUGGAGCCCUCAGCCUCCAAGUAGCCUCUAUGUCAAAUAAAGCUUCCCCCUGGGUCCUCGGGCCUGCUUGCCCCAUAAGAGGUCUUUCUUCUUCAAGGAAAAAAAAAUACCCUACGUCUGGUUUGCUUUCUGCGUGAGACUAACCAUGCCAUUACGGAAAAAAAAGAAAAAUUGGAAAAUGCAGAAAAGGAUAAAAAAAAUCUCCCCAAUUAACCCCCGCCGUGGCGUGCGUCCCUCUGGUGUGGCUGGGCUUGACUUUCGCCUGCGUGUGAUUAUGCUGAGUAUACAACUCAGUCGCUUCCUUUUUUCCACUUAGCGUUUGGAAAUAAGCAUUUCCCCGUGUUAUUACAAGCCCUCGGUAAACAACACUUCAAUAGUUGCACAAUAUUCCAUCCAGCGGCUGUGCCAUGGUUUAUUUAACAUUCCCCCCUCCUGGUGGGUCUGUAGAUUUGUUUUUUUCUGUCACAAAUAAAACGUCCGUUGUUUUCUUAUUCCUCUCUGUCUGGGGCCUCUGUCAAUAUUUACAAGAGAAACCCAGCCUAGGUCUGGUCUGGAAUAAGCAGGGUUGUCCAAACAACCAUAGAAGCCACAGCCUUUGCCAGGGGUUAGGCCCAGGCCCCGCUCUGAUAGGGCACGGGGCUGCCCUUGUAAGUGCCCCAGCCUGGACGGCCAGGCUCUCUGGAGGGGCCGCCCCAGGCUUCCCGCCCCGAGGUGCUCCUGGAGCCGGGAUGUAAGACAGGGCCCGGGUCUUGCACAGCCACUGCACGAGAGGCUUUCUACGUGUCAUCUCGUUGACCCUCCCUACACCCCAUGUUACAGGUGACAAAACUGAAGCUCAGAGAGGACGGGAGACCUAGCCUUCAUAGCAAGUUCAGGGACCCUCCGUGUCCUUAAAAGCGUACUGGAGCCAGACCCACUCUCAACAUGGUAGACUUUCCAUGCCCCUCUCGGGGGGCACGGGGGCCAGGAAGUUGGCAUCAGCCGUCCCGUGGCUGCCCCCAAGGCCUUCUCCACCCACGCCAAUCAAGUGUAGUCUAUCCUUGAACUUGGAACUCAAAUAAACUUUUCUGCAACUCUC